GCAGUGGGCGGGGCUUUCCAAUGGGGAUUUAUCAGUCUGUGUUCCGGGCUCAUAACGGUCUCUCAUUUCUCUCUGUUCCGGUUCUCCUUGGACUUAUAUCUCGGUUAAAUCUCGCCUCUGUCUCCGGUACUAGCUGACAUGGCGGAGCGCAUCGGGUACAUCACGCGCGUGCAGAGCUUCAGCGCCUGUCACCGACUCCACAGCCCUGACCUGAGCGAUGAGGAGAAUAAGAAGGUCUAUGGGAAAUGCAACAAUCCAAACGGACAUGGACACAACUACAAAGUGGAGGUGACCGUACGAGGGAAGAUUGACGCUGAGACCGGCAUGGUCAUGAACCUGACGGACCUCAAGAGAUGCAUCGAGGAUGUGAUCAUGACACCGCUGGACCAUAAAAACCUCGACAAGGACGUCCCAUAUUUUUCCACAGUUGUCAGUACCACGGAGAACUUGGCGGUGUACAUCUGGGACCACAUGGUGAGGGAGGUUCCUGAGGGUCUUCUGUACGAAAUCAAGAUCCAUGAAACGGACAAGAACAUCGUGGUUUACAGAGGGGAGUAGGCUUUGGGACGAUAAACUCUCAUAUCACAAACUGAGAUCAGAAAUGAAAGGAUGAAAGAGCCUGUAUUACACUGUUUUCUAGUCUGUUAUAAUGUUUCCGCUGUGUUUUAAAACUCCAGACACUUUCACUAGAAUCAUUUGGAUCAUUUGAGGAAAUAACAACAUUAUAACGUGGUUUGGUUUAAAGCUCACAAGAAUUUAUUUUGUCUAAUGUAGGACUGUUAUUCCUUUUUUUCAGCCUUAUUUUUAGAGGGGGGGGGGGUUAAUGAUUGUGAUAGUCUCCAACAAACAUAAUCAUUACCAGGUUAUGCCUUAAAAAGCUAUUUAUUUUUGACGUUCUUUGGAAAAUGAGUAAGUACAACACUGUAAUAGUUGUUUAAAGCUUCUAUAUUACACAGAAUUGACUCAUGAGCUUUAUUCUAUGUUCUAAUGUUGUUACCUCCUCAAAAACAGACCUGGAGUUGUGUUUUGUUUGAGUAACACUUUAUUAUUAGUCUGUCUACAUCUCCAAAGCUCAAAAUGCUCUGUUCCACCUUGUGAUGUCAUGAAGUGGUAAUUUUCAAGUUAACAGCUCCUUUUAGCGGAGAUCAGACAAUAGUAUAAUAUGGGCCCUUUAAAGGUGCACUAUGUAACUUUGCUGGUCUGACACUGGAGAUGUUAUUGGUUUGCCUGGAAUGUUCCACACUGGGGCAUUUAAGUUGCAUUCGUUCACUUUUAUUCCAAGGUUGUUUUUCUAGCGAAAAUGAUUUGUUCUUGUGGUACUUUUUCCAUAGCGGGAGAUUUAAGGCCUACUGUGACUAUUCCAGGCAUAGCAGUGAUAUAUCCAUGGAGACAAGCCAAUAGCAGACCCUCUUUAAAGAUUUAGCAAAAAAAAACAAAAAAAAACAAAACUUUUAUUAAUAAAUAUUACUUCCUGAUUUGAAAUUCCACAACUGUUACCUAGCAACAAUGUUGGACACUAAGACAAAACUUCUCAAAUGUACCUUAUUAUUUGACAAGUCAAAAUAUAAGAUUUCUAUUUUGUUGAAGUCAUUUCAGAAAAAAAAAAAAAAAAGUGUAAACUGUGCCAAAGUUUUAAAUCGAACUCUCCCUUGCACGAUGUAUCAGUCGACUUCCUGUAAUUUCCAACACAUUUUCCAACUUUCCUUCACAAAUUGCUUCUUGAUUUGCUUGAUUUGUGUAAAACUAUAAUUUAUAUUUACAAGUGUUAACCCACUGAAACAAGCACAUGGUACAUUUAGUCAAGUACUAUGUGUACAACAGUCUACACUGCAGUAAGUCCAGAGCUGUGGGAGGAGGCAGGUGAAGCUGAAGUCUCCAUUUUGCUUUAGUUUGUCUGGACGUUUGGCCUUUGGCGUCUGCACAGACCUGAGUGCUGCUCUGUGACUGGUCCACCUGAUUAACUUAGAGUCCGAU